CCUUAAAUCGCACUUUGAAUCGCACUUUGAAUAAUGGUCAUACAUUUCCUUUUAUGUUAUCAUCAUGACUGUGCGUAAUACGAGUUUGACCGUCCAUAUGCUUGCAUGAUUGCUUGCUUAAUUUCUAUUUCGAGUCGUUCCAUUUGAGGUUGUGUUGUGUCAAGGCAGCUACAUCUGAGAUUGACAAGUUGACUAGCAGCCUUUUUAGCUCGAGGAUGUGCCUUUUCUUCACUUUUUUGUUCUUUAGCCUCGAGCUGAAUCAAGUACAGUAGCUGCACCACAAGUUUCCUGAGGGCAUUGCAGGAUUGACGCCCACCGCUCCACCAUGGAGCCCUCUGACCUGGACACGCACAAGAACGGGCGUCAGCGGAAGCUGACGGGCGCCAGCGGGUUGGACAUGAGGGAGGAAGAGAGAGGAUGGAGCACCGCACCCGAAGAGGAAGGGGAGGGGCUCCUGCGGGGUUCGGACUCGGAGGAUAACGGCCGGCCGAAAGUGAGCCCGGGUGUCCAUGGAGAGCUGGGAAACGUGUCUCUCCUCCUCUUCCUCUACGUCCUACAGGGGAUCCCCCUGGGAUUGGCCGGCAGCAUCCCCCUGAUCCUGCAAACUAAGAACGUGAGCUACAAGGACCAGGCGUUCUUCAGCUUCGUCUUCUGGCCCUUCAGCGUGAAGCUGCUGUGGGCUCCGCUGGUAGACGCGCUCUACCUCAGCAAGUUCGGACGCAGGAAGUCGUGGCUCGUUCCUACUCAGUACCUGUUGGGCUUCUUCAUGCUCUGGCUGUCCUUCACUGUGGACUCACUGCUGCAGAGCGACGCAAGCCACGGCCCCGACGUGCUGACUCUCACUGUGGUGUUCUUCAUGCUGGCCUUCCUGGCAGCCACCCAGGACAUAGCGGUGGAUGGCUGGGCUCUGACCAUGCUGUCCAGGGAGAACGUGGGCUACGCCUCCACCUGUAACUCGGUGGGCCAGACCGCCGGAUACUUCCUGGGGAACGUCCUCUUCCUGGCGCUGGAGUCUGCCGAUUUCUGCAACAAGUACCUGAGGAUGGAGCCCAAAGACACGGGCAUCGUCACUUUGUCUGACUUCCUGUAUUUCUGGGGCAUGGUGUUCCUGGUGUCCACCUCGCUGGUGGCCAUCUUCAAGAGCGAGAACGUGCGCGUCCGGGGCAAGAGGCAGGUCCAGGAGGAGACCCACGGCGUCAUGGAAACCUACAAGCAGCUUCUGUCCAUCAUCAAGAUGCCCACAGUGUUUACAUUCUGCUGCUUGCUGCUAACGGCUAAGAUAGGGUUUUCAGCAGCAGAUGCAGUAACAGGUCUGAAGCUGGUGGAGGCUGGCGUUCCCAAGGAGCAGCUGGCUCUGCUGGCUGUACCCAUGGUGCCCUUACAGAUCCUCCUACCUCUCAUCAUACACAAGUACACCGCUGGACCCAGACCACUGGACAUCUUCUACAAGGCCUAUCCCUACAGGCUGUUGAUAGGCCUGAGCUAUGCUGUGUUGGUGUGGUGGACCCCCAGCGUGAAACAGGACAGUGGAUAUCCUGUUUACUACUAUGGUGUGGUGCUGUUCAGCUAUGCCCUACAUCAGGUGUCACUGUACAGCAUGUACGUAGCCUUGAUGGCGUUCCAUGCCAAGGUGAGCGACCCCAGGAUCGGCGGCACCUACAUGACCCUCCUGAACACGCUGACCAACCUGGGCAGCAACUGGCCGUCCACGCUGGCUCUGUGGAUGGUUGACCCGCUCACCAGCAAGGAGUGUCAGGGAGCCCCUCUGCAGGCCUGCAGCUCCCCAGAGGAGGCAGGGCUGUGCACCAAGGAGGGAGGCGUGUGCGUGACGACGUUGGACGGUUUCUACGUGGAGUCGGUGGUGUGCGUGCUGAUUGGCCUGGCCUGGUGGGUGGUGCUUGGGAACAAGCUGAAACGGCUGCAGGACCAGAGCCCCGCAGCAUGGAGGUGCAGAAUCAACCAAUGAUAACCCACCCCUCCCCCUCCCACACCCCCCACCACCCUCAACGAACUCUAAGAACUUGAAUCAACAUGGACCCAAAAUGGCCGACCGCUGCUCCGACUCCUAUUGGAAGGUGGUUGUACAGGACGUCCCUUCUGCAUCUGUGUGGCUCACAUCAGCUCCUCAGGUCCCCUCAGCAGUACACUUCAUGACCCAUGCAUCUGUUGCGCCCGUUUUCCAAACGUCACCGUGAGACCGAAAGGCCGAGCGUAGGAACCGAUCAGACGUCCCGAGGGAGCGGCUGCUUCGUCAUGGCGAUCUGCCGUCACUUGUGACGUCUGGCCAAUCAUCUGCGGUCACUUCUGACGUCUGGCCAAUCAUCCGCCGUCAUUUGUGACGUCUGGCCAAUCAUCUGUGCCUUUCUCUGUUCUUCAAAGGCUGUGAGGAGAAGGCGGAGUCUUGGGUCUUUGACAGACUUUUGAAAGGGCAUUCAACCGCAUGGACAUCAGCUUAAAUACACAAGAUGCAAUACAUUGGCAAGAGGCCAGGACGUGGUUGGUGAGAUUUGUCUUGAUGUCAGGAGAGCUUGAUUUCACAAUCUUUCUCCUGAAUCUGAUUUGAUCUGUGUCUGUGAGACAUGUUAUUGAAUAUAGUGGUAUUCUUUUUAUCUAGCAGGGAGAAGUCUGAGGUUCUGUUUGAGAGAAAAAAACGAAGAAAAAAAACAUGGUUCACAUGUGAUCAGUGAAUGGGCCUUUUUGGUUUGAUUGUGUGGUAGAAAAUGUGCUUGAGAGCGUUUGUUUUAGUUUUUUUUCUGGGUCCAUUCUCAGUUUUUGCUUUUGAUAGAAAAGCAAGGAUCAAUUUUGGUUUCAUACUCCAAAUGAUGAACGGUCAGGAGGGGUGGAGUAAUGUUCUUCAGGAGUGGUUCCUUCCCCCCAAAA